CCUCGUACAGGCCACCCAAAUCCUCGUGCAUAUGAUGAGUAUCUGAGGGCAUACAGUGUGGCCAUGUUGCCAGGGCGAGAAAGGGAGAACCUCUCUUAUGGCGGGAAAAUUAUUAUGCCACCCUCAGCACUUGCCAAUCUCACCAAUCUAGAUUUGGAGCUGCCCUGGAUGUUCCAGCUACGCAAUCCCAGCAAUUCAGCAGCACUGACCCACGCUGGUGUGUUGGAGUUUAUCGCAGAAGAAGGGGUUGUCCAUCUUCCAUAUUGGAUGAUGAAAACACUGCGACUGAAUGAGGGAGACCCAAUUCGGAUAACCGGUACAGAACUUCCUAAAGGGAAGCUUGUUAAACUGCAAGCCCAGUCGACACAUUUUUUGGACAUAUCCGAUCCUAAGGCUGUCUUGGAACAAGCCCUCCGUAACUUCUCAGCACUAACGCAAGGUGACAUCAUCGAAAUAUCGUAUAAUUCCAUUGUCUUUGGGUUGCUUGUGAUGGAAGCAAGCCCUGGGGGCGGGGGUAUCAGUGUUCUUGAUACAGACCUUGAAGUGGACUUUGCACCCCCUGUUGGAUACGUAGAACCUGAGCGCCCGAAGGCUGCUCCUCCAUCAACGAUGGCAUCGAAACUCAACAUCGACCUGAACUCUGCCACACCUGGAUCUUCACGCCCAUCGUCUUCCCUGAGCGGCGGUUUUACUGGUCCAAGUGCAGCUACUGUCAGCAAAGGCGGAGAUCAUUGGGAGAGUUUCAAGGGCAAGGGAGAAACGUUGGGGGGGAGAAAGACCAAGGGCAAGGGAAUUAGUCACCGAGGUGUUGAGCAUGUGCCCGAAGGCAGUAGGAUCAUCCGCACAGACAAGCACAAGGUGAUAUCAACCGAAGCCCUUGAGUCUGAGGCCAAGGUUCCCGCUGCACUGAAUCUACCCUUUGGUAAUUUGUUCUUUGGAUUUAACGUGGUG